UUGUUUCUAAAUAAUAUUCUGUGAAAAAAAUAAUUUUGUUUUUCGAAGUAAAUUUCGAUUCUUUCCCUCCGUAAGGGAACUUUUAUUUUGAAAGGCCGCACCGGAAGUGAGUUUCGGUAAUGCCCCGCGUUGACGUCCAGUCUCCGGGAUUAUCGGUGAACUUAAGUGCCCCCAGCCCGCCGAUGAGAGCUGCAACUGUUUUUACAGCUGAUACGCUUCCUUCUUCCAUCAGGUCCGCUUCUUUCUACUCCUUUCUGCACAUUCCCGCGCCGACCAACCCGGAAGUUCGCGGGUCUCCGAGCUUCUUCUUCUCUGGUUCCUCUCGGGUCCACGCCGGCCUCUGCUCCUCUCUGUGGAUGGUGCCUGGUAGAACCAUCUGGAGAGGCCGAGGCCGACAUUUUACCCCAGUCCGGAGGAGCCUUAACUCCGAGGGGACAUCCGAGGACACGCGACAAGGAGUGUGACGCUCACCUAUCUGUCCCUCAGAGAGGAAGCUACACACAGACUGCAGUUCCCUGAUUGGUCAGAAGAAUCGCCACUCCCAGGCUGGGAGGCUGAGAGCUGCAGGCCUGCGACAUGUGAACAGAGCUGCACCCCUUCACCCUCUCAACUCUCAACCCUAGAACUCGACUGAACUGACGUUGUGACCGUGACCUGCCACCUUCCUGCCUCGGGCAUGCCUCAGCCGGGUAUGAAUGGGAUGGAGCCUGCGUUUGGCGAGGCCUACGGGGGGCACAGGGGUCUGCUGAGCCCCUACCCUCUGGCCAUGUCGCCACAGGGGGGCAGGACAGAGUACGACCAGAGCGUGCUCCUCAUGCUGGGCUCUCCAGCAUCGCCACGGAAACGGCCCUUUGAGCUGCUAAGCGACCUGGUGGACGAUGGCGGCUUCGGCGAGGACCUGCACCCAGAGCGCUGGGACGUGUCGGCGCUGGACGAGAUGGCCCGCUACACCAAGCUGGGCCUGGCGGUGGGAGGGGAGCUGCUGGCGUGCUCGGAGGAGGGCGUCCUGUUGGGCCGCUGGGGGAGGAGCGGAGAGGAUCAGCAGCUGCAGCAGGAGGAGGAGGAGGAGGAAGAGAGGAGGAGGAGGGACAGACACACGCCACCCGCUCCUAUCAGACAGGAAGUCCAGGCUGCACAGAGGGAGGAAGCGGAGGGGCGUGUCUCUGUUUCCACAACAACAGAACAGGAGUUAUGUGUUUCAGGAAGAGGACAGCAGGAGCGCACAGUGGAGGUGUAUCAGGUGGAGCAGGAGGAGGAGGAGGAGGAGGAGGAGGAGGGGGUGGGUCUGUCUGUGGAGCACUGCAGCGAGGAGCACAACUACUCUCUCAGCAAGGAGGAGGAGAUGGAGGGCGGGGCCGGACUCAGCGCUCAGAAAGAGGAGGAGCAGGUGGCGGAGACAAAGCAGGAGGUGCAGGGCAGAGAGGAGAGCCAGGUGAAGGCGGAGCUAGACCCGGAGGAGGAGGAGCUGGAGGACGAGGAGGAGGAGGAGGAGGAGGAAGACGAGGAGGAUGAAGGAGAGGAGGGAGCAGAGGAGACGGCGGUGGAAGCUGAGCUCUCCAGCUCCUCAGAGACUGAAUGUGAGGUGGAAGCCGAGCCGGUGAGGCAGGCCGGCGAGCGCCCGUCGAAGCGCCGAUGUUUCUGGGAGUACAGACACGCUCGAGAGUCAACAACAAAGAAGAAACUGGGCGGAGACGUCCACUGGUCGCUGUCCUGGAGCUCCAGCACGCUGCCCAGCACGCUGUACCGCAGAGAAGGCAAAAAAGGACGCCGCAAAGCUCGCAAAACAGACGCCAGCGACUUGACGCCAAACCCACAGAAGCUCCACAACAUCGGCGAGCAGCUUCAGAAGCUCAACGCCGCCAUCGACGGCAUGGGUCCAGUCAACGACCUGCCCGCCACGGCCCGAGCACGGUCCCGUAAGGAGAAGAACAAGCUGGCCUCCAGGGCCUGCAGGCUGAAGAAGAAGGCGCAGCACGAAGCCAACAAGAUCAAGCUGUGGGGGCUCAACCAGGAGUACGAGAACCUGUUGGGAGCUCUCCUGAGGAUCAAGGAGGUGAUCCGACGGCGGGUGGAGAACAGCGAGGAAGAGGACACGGACGAGCGAGGGAUGACCCAGCGCCUGGAAGACAUCCUCCGAGAGUCCAGCGGUCCUUUAGUCGCCGGGCGGACCAAAGACUUUGUGCAGAGGAUUCUGGCAGCCAGCGCGGGGGGUCAGAACCAGCGCAAAGACCCCCAACAGGGAGGUGACAAGGUGGCGGGCUAAACCCAGGAAGAAUCCCUCCACUACUCCUCUUUCUCCUCCUCCGUCAUCCACGCUUUCCUCUCCUCCCCGCACCACCAACAAACCUGACUUGACCAAGCUCCACUUUGAUGCAUGAGCAUGAAGAGGUGGAGAUGCUGGGAGAGACGGCGGAGAAGAGGAGGAGGAAGGAGUAGCCUAAACACAACAGGAGUAAAAGACCACCCUGCUCCUCCUGCUGGCCCUCCAAACAGCAGCCGUUCUUCACCGCUCUGUCUCUGCAGGCUGCACCAAAACCACCAACCCCCCGAGGCCAGAGCUGCUGCUGCUGCUGCUGCUGACGUCUCUGUGUUCUGUGUUCUGUCCGUGUGCGUGAGCGUGUGGAUGUUUGUAUGUAACAUACAGUAUGAGCGUGUUUAGUGUUCCUCUCUCCCUCUGUGUGCUGUAUUCGUAUCCCAGUGUGCCUAUGAAUAGACAUUGCACUGUUUUGUAGAUGGUCGUAGUUGCCGGCAGGGGACCGGUAGUGAGGCGAGGGCGAGGGGGCAUUUGAGGAUAGAGGAAGUGCUAAAAUAAGGAAGUGGGAGGAGCCCAGGCCUGGAAGACAAAGACGCAGUUAUGUAUGUGUGUGUGUUUUUCUCAUAUGCUUGGCCGGGCUCCUAUAGAAGCACCGCAUACCUUUCGGAUUGCAUCGACUUCUGAAAUGUCAGCGAGUGUUGUGACAUUCAACAAAUGAUGGAGUCCUGAUGCCAGAGCAGCUGUUGAUGGAAACAACAGCCUGUUUGUUGUGGAAAAAGUCCUUGGAGCUUUAAUACACUCCCCCUCCCCGAACUCUUUAACAGCCCUUCAAAAUGUAAGCAAAGUUAAAAACGGACGAGAAACCUGCACCUUAAUCCAAACUGACCAAAGAUAAAGUGACACUGCUGAACCACUCGGACACCAAAUCCUCUCACUCGCUUCAGAUGCUGCCAACCAUGAACACAUUGUUUUUCUUUGAGGGAAAAGUGACUGAAUAUUCUGAGAGUCCUCGUGUUUACCCGCAUGCAUCCAUGAAGGAUGGUGUUUAGACAAUUCCCUGGCAUAAAUGCACUAUUAUCACAGACCUGAGAGGCCUGAGUGGUGCGACAGACAUGAGAUGACUGAUUCAGUCAGUCUUUUAGCUCUGCAGCCUGGUGCUCCUUUCAGCUUUUCUUCACUGGCUUUAUUUUUACCCACAAAAAGGGAAGUGUCCUCAUCAGUACGUUUACAUGCACUGAGAGAAAGUUGGCUAAAAGUGGACUUUAAAAAUGUGGUAUUCUCAUUUCUUUAAGUAGGACUGAAGCCCAGAUCAGACCAAAGAUUCAUGACAUGGCGAGACUCUUAGAAUGUCGCCGGUGGCUUUCUGAGGCGGGCCGUUGCAGCUGGACUGAUCAUGUUGCCUGCCAUUCUGUGCAGCAAGUUGCAGACAGCUGGUUGCAAGCAGAUAGAUGUGAACAAGGGAAAUAAAAAUGUAACUUAAAAGGCUUUAAGCUCCAAUUUUGUCAGGUAAAAUCAUGUGGCAAAUCCUGGAAUUGAAAGCUGGUUUUUCAUGGCAGAUGUUGACAGAUGUUUAGUUGAUCAUGUGGCCAAUCACUGAUAUUUGGAAGCAAUAUGCAUUUUCAAAAUCAUGCAAAAUGUGCAAAAUGUGGCAAAAGUAAAAUUGCAUGAAAAAAAAGCAAAUAAACAAUUUAGCCCUAGCUCUAUUAGCAACACAGGAGCAGCGAGAAAGCAGGAGGUGGUACCAUGCACUUGCUGUGUCAGUGGCACCCAGGCGUGAGUGCUGAUUGGCUGGCACUCGUGACAUCAAUUUUGAGACUGUGGAGAGUGAAAAUAAAGUGAGAGGAGAAGACACACAUUACAGGAACCAAAGUAGUGCACUUUUUUAGAAACCAAUUUGACCAAUUAUCAGUAAAAUAAAACGCCAGUAUGAGAAUCGGCUAAAUGCCAAAUAUCAGCAUCAAUAAUGGGCCAGGCCAAUCAUCAGUCAACCAUUUCACUAUAAAUUUAUCUUUUUUAAAAAUUCACAAGGAACUCCAGCCUGAUGAUCACUCCUGUCUACAGCACAACAGGACAUGCUGCUCUAAACCUGCAAAAACAUAGUCGUAGGAGCUACAUUUGUAUGUUAAUUAUUAGAUAUCUUAGUUAUGACAAGACUGAGCUAGGAACGCUUUUGUGUUAAUAUGUGCUGUGAAAUUCUGUUGCCAUGCUACAGAGAGUGUGCAGUCCUGUCCCUCCUGUAGAGACAGAGUUAUUGCAGAAACGAUGCAUGGUCUCCUUCAGCUGACAGGCAUGAUGCUGCAGAGUCAACUCUGUUUGGUCUGAGCUGAGCUUAACAAACCAGGAUAGUGUGGUUGGAAAUAGAUUUGCUCAAGCACGCCUCAACUGGACCCAAACUGGACUAGGGUCUCUGAGUUCUGCUUCUUCACACCAGGCUUUGGCCCAGAAGCCAGACUCCACAAAUGCUAAGCAAAGCAGGCACACAUUGCAGUCUGCCUUAGGGUUUAACCGUAAGCUAGAGAGCUUUGCAUUUAUCCCAGAAGUAAAGCAAGUAGAAUACUAACAGAGCUAGGAUGUAUUUGCUGUUCAACAUAAAACCAUCUAUCCAUCUGUUUUCUACCACCUUUACUGAGCCGACAUCCCUCUCAACAUUUUCAAACUUCUCCUGGGGGUUCUGAAGUGUUCCCAGACAAGAUCAGAAAUAUAAUCCCUGCAUCAAGUUCUGGGUCUACCCUGGGGUCUUCUCUCAAUUGGAUGUGCCCAGAAGACCUCCACAGGGACCAGGAGGCAUUCAGAUAACAUGUCCAGACCACCUGAACCGGCUCAUUUCAGUGCAGAAGGAGCAGUGCCUCUACUUGAAGCUCCUCAGCCUGUCCCUGAGGCUGAGCACUCUCAUUUCCACUGCUUGUAUCUGUUUCAGUCACUGCCCUAAAAUCAUGACCGUAGGUGAGGGUUGGACUGAAGGGCGACUGAUGAAUUGAAAGCUUUAGGCCUUCUUCUGAUGAGGAACGUCUGACUUGUAUUGUGGGAAAUCAUGCAGGCUGCAUGAACAGGAAGAAGGUCCAAAAGUAGCAUCACAGAGACGGACACACUUCCAUCAGUAAAUGGAUUUUCCCAGUGCUUGUAUACUGGGACAAGAACAAGGGUACAUCUCUUCAUCCAGUGCCAACCCCAGCUUGACUCAGCUGUGCAUGUAAACGUACUGAAUGCCUUCCCAGCCCUCUCCUCAACCCCCUGACCUAUUAUGUAGCGCACCUUCCUGAAUUGCAAUGACAAAAAAUAGAGAAAAACUCUUUUAGAUCUCUAGAAGCAAUUAAGUUUUUCUUUGUUGAAUGAUUUUGUUGUUCUUUGGCAAUGCCAGAGCUCACACAGUGGGCGCCAGUCGUGAGAGUUUUUGAAAAAUGCCUUUCUUCUUGUCUUUGCUGAAGCUGUAGACCAACCUGUCCACGGUCUCUAAAUGUUGGACAUUAAACAAGUCAAGGACCCUUUGAAUUGCACUGUGGUAAAAAAAAAAGCAAAUAAGCACCUUCGAUGAGGGCUUUGGAUCCUCCAAAAGAGAAAAAGACUCUUGGCACCUUGGUGUAGGGACAGGUAUGAUUGAGAGACUUGUGACUGCCUGCUGGUCCCAGUUUGUCUCAGACCCUGUUUACAUCUGGUAUCUGUGCUGGGUAGUCAGAUAGCACGUUGACGGCUCUUUACUGCCUGGUUUAUCUGAGGUCGUUACAAACUAAGACGCCAGAACUCAUUCCAAAGCAGAAUGCGACCUCAUCGCCGCUGCUAGCCUGUUAGCUCAUGGCUAAUUCACCCGCUUUCAUUAAUAUUACCUGCAGCCUCACAGCACCUAACAGGCAGGGAUGCCUAGCCACAAUUCUGAAGGCUAGUGGUGCCUCUUUAACAGCUUUUCUCCCUCAUUUUGUCAUGAGCUCAUAAAGGAAAUAGGGAUAUUUUCUUUGUAGAGUACUGCUUAUCUGAAAGCCAAAGCCGGACUUUGUUAGCCUAUUAGCUCAUUGCUAAUUUUCGCCCCGUUGAGCGGUCCUCCAGUGUCUUCCCUUUACAUAGCAGGCUGGGACAUCUAGGAACGAUCAUUAGUGGGGCCUCUUUAACAGCUUUUCCCCCUCAUUUUUUCAUUAAUAAGCUCAUAAAGAUAGGCUUAUAAAGAAAAUAGUGAUAUUUUCUUGGAUGAAAAGAGCUCGUGGAGUACUGCUUUCACUGAAAUUACAACUUAUUCUAAACCAAAGCUAGACUUUGUUAGCCUAUUAGCUCCUUGCUAAUUUGCGCCAUCUAGGAACUAUUUUUAACAGCUUUAACAGCUUUUCUUCCUUUGCUUUACUAUUUUUGCAAAUAAACUUUGUGCUUGUUAGAUUGAAAUGACAUCUUAAUUUAAGCUAAAUGUGGCCAGUUUGGGGUCCACUAGCCUCUUGGCUAGCCCCCCAUUUAUUAAAGUUGGCAUGUAGGACACUUAGCCUCAAUUUAAGAGACAAGCAGCUCCUAUUUAACAGCUUUUCCCCCUUAUUAUUUCAUAAAGGCGUUUAAUUGAAACACUAGUAUGCUAUUAAAGUAAGAGGGCUUGUAGGAAAGGGUUAAAUUAAAAGGACAGCUUGUUGAAAGUAAAACGUGACUAUUUUGGGUGCUGCCAGCUUCUGCAAGCAUUGCCAGCAGCUUCACUGCAGAAAGCAUGCUGGGAAACCUAGCCAGAGUUUAAGAGACUAGCAGUGCAUCUUUAACAGCUUUUCCCCCUCACUUUGCCCUAAACAUGCUUUUAAAGGAAUCUGUGAUGUGCAUUUGAGUUGAUAAAUCCUGUGGAGUAUUGGUCAUUUAAAUUACAGCUCAGUUCAAGAGGAACACUUGUGAGGGAGUCUGCAUGUGCCACUCAUGGAUGAGCUGGUUCUUUGAGCUGGCUCCUUUUGUGGAUGACAGUACCAGCUCCUGCUUUUUCCCUGUCGUUGGUGUUUGAAAGACAUUUAAAAGGAAAUAAUGGGACCAAUGAAGAACCAAAAGACUGGGUCUUAUUACAGAGGUGAGCCAAAUAAUUCAGAUCUCUAAAAAGAGCUGUAACUCCCAUCACUCUGCAUGGAAAUACAAAAGCUCUUUGUUCAAGUGUGCCAGUUUACGUUAGCAUCUACACUACCUAACCAAUCAGAUAAAGGCAUCCUAAACCACCUCAGUAUGCAGUCCAAACUACCAGAAACCAUCAUCGGUAAGCACUGACGUCACUCAAAGUUUGAUCCAAAGGGGACUGGACUCAGUUCUUGUUCCUUUGAUUCAGCUGUUUAACCAUGAUUAGAAGUGCGUCCACACCUAAAACCUAGGAUUAUGUCGUGUUACCUGAGUCCCCAGCAGGGAUGUUAAUGCUCAGUGUAAACAGGGUCUAAGCUUGGUGCUACUGUUGGUCGAGAAAAGAAUAAGCAAUGCAAACCUGAGCGGAGGCUUCAGGCAGUAACUGCUGACUGGGUUUUGGCCUGUGAGCACGGACUGUUGUAAUAGGCAGUUUGUUUGCAUAAUGACGCCUUUCUGAAGUGCCUGGAGCUUAAAGCCACAGGGACCUGUGUUAUUAUGCCUGAUCCUGAACCCUAUUACAAGGUAAAACCUAACCCAUGACUACUGCUCCCAGUUUGGCCUCACUUGACUUCACUUAAAGAGGAAAAACUGCAGGCCUGAGCGAGGCCGUCACACAAACUCAGCCAAAAAAAAAAAAAAAAGUCAACCAAAAGUUUUCUUUCAUUUUAAACCUAAACGUGGAAACAGUAGCUGGCACCAGUUUCUGUGAACAUCAUCUCUGGGAAUUAUAUAAGUAGAGGAGCGGCUGUUAGCUAAGCAAUCCCCCUUUUUUGUUUUUCAACCUUGACAAGCUCCCGUCUGGGCUGCGUUCCAAAGCUGCUGCUCGAAAACACGCCGCUCCCCUCCUAUGGAAACUCCAUUUCCUGUUUGAAGCAGGAGCGGCUCAGUUAACCUUACACUCUUCACCUCCUCCAGGUCUCACUCAUGGUCUUUCUCUCAAACUCUGGACACAAAAAGUGGCAGGGCAUUUUCUGCCCUGCUCCUGUUGAAGUUUCUGUUUCUGUCUGAUUCUGGGAAAUGUUGCUCGUGGUCGUAGGAGCGCAGAGCUGAACGGUAAACAGAGAAGUCCUGGGGAGGUUUCAUGUUGGUGCCCUGCUGCUGCUGAGCUGCUAUGAGCUCUGAUGUUAAACACAGAUAGUGUGCAGGAGACCCUGAUGUCACUGAGGCUUCUUAAACGCCGCCUGGUCCGGAUUUCAUGUGAUGCAUGAAAACUCAGAUGAUCCAGGAUCAGGUCUUUGAGGCCAGUAGAUGAAAACACUUCUCUCUCCUGCUGCUGUGAAGAAGUGAUUGAUUUCCUCCCUCCCUCCGCCCACUUUCUCCGGAGGCUUGGGAAGCCGGCGACGCUGCCAGCGGAGUCACAGGAUCUCACGCUGGCAGCUGCCGCCUUCUCAUGCCCUCACACAACAAAGAGAGGAACAGCUGAAAACAAACACAGAUCUGCAGACGUUAGACGGACAUGCAGCGAGGGAUGCACCAGACCGUCAUCUGGACUGGCCCAGAAGAGCUGGUCUAUGAAAGCCUGAUAGGGAGCUUUAAAUGCACAGUCGGCACAUUCUGCUGCUCCAGAACAAUGACAAAGAUGACAUCAAGGGUAGCAGAGAAUUAUGGGUACUCAUGUGCCUGAAUACCUUAAAGUAUCUGGUCCGAGGGUUUAAUUUUCUAAGAGUGGAUGCUUGGAUCCUGCAGGACGUCCGGAGCAUAGAUAUGAAGUACUUGACUUCCUGUGUGCUUUACAAAGUAAAAUUCCAAAACGUUUCUUCAGUCCACCAGUGCUUUAACCAGUGCUAUUCUUUUUUUGCUUCUUUGGCGUUUAUUAAGUUUGGAAGUGAUAAAUCCCGUAUGCUCUUGUGCAUGCUGUUCUGAUAAUCUGAGUCCUCUCUCUGCCUAAAUCUCUGACUUUUCUCUUAAUCCAGUUAUUUUUGCUCCUGUAUGUCAGUUUUAAUGCAAGUUAGAUUUAUUCCAAACACAUGGGGUUUUAAAGAUGAAGGGUUCCUCUGGCUUUCAGGUGAUCCGUCAGUUACUUUUAAUAAAAGUAAUCUGUUACUGAAGGAAAACCCCUCCAACUGUUUCUCCUCAAUUGCAACAAAAAAAAGGAAAAUUGAAGCUCCAGGAAGCAUCUGCACUGUUUCUGUUUCUCUCCUUCCUGUUAGCAUGUAGCGAUGUGCUAGCAGAAGGUAAACACAGCUGUGUCAGCCUGUGUUAGCUUAGCGGCGUUAUAAUGUGGAAUUAUUCUCAUUCCACUGAUUGGUUUGUGUGAUUCUGUUUGCCUCUGCCUGUCUGUGGUCAGACUGUCAGUACUUUGAAGAGCUGUAAAGGUUUUUAUGUCUGUAGUUGUGUAAUCAGAUACAGAUUAGUGGCUAGAAAUUAGAGCGGGUGCCAUUUUGACAACCAACAAUGAUUGGCUGAAGAGUUUUAAUAUUCGGUAACACAGAAGUUAAUGUGUCAGUUUUCUAAGUAGGUGACGCCGUAUUCUAACAAGUUAGUUUAAAAUAAUGCUGCCUGCUCCUCUGUUUCUGCAGCAGAGCGGAUCUCAGCUCGGAUCUGAAACACAAGAUCAUAAAAACAUAGAAACAGCCUGUUUCUCCCAGAGAGCCUGGCUGCAGACGUCAGACUUCCAUGAAUGCAUGCAUUAUCUAUGUUGUUUUCUAAACUGAGGAGUCUUUUCAUUAAAACCUGACUCCAGGAGCAUAGAUGGCCUAGCGGUUAGGCUGCAGGACUCGGGCCCCAUGCAGGCAGGCAGACCAGGUCCGAGUUUGGCCUGUGGCUCCUUUCCUGAUGUCUCUCCUCCAAUCUCUCAUCCCUGUGUCCAACUCCAUCCAUUGUCCUCCUCUUCUGAUUUAAAGCCAUUUAUACCGCUUAACUGUUCGGGGUCGCGGGGGGCUGGAGCCUAUCCCAGCUGCCGUUGGAUGAGAGGCGGGGUACACCCUGGACUGGUUGGCAGCCAAUCACAGGGCUGACAUGUAGAGACAGACAACCAGGCACGCUCACACUCACAUCUA